GGCACAGAGAGCGUUAAUCAGAGAGGAAGAGGAGUUCAGAGAGAGAGAGAGAUGUCUCUGGUAGACUACGCUUCGUCCUCAGACGACGACGUAUCGGAGUCCGGCGAAGACCACCAAAACGACCCAGAAGAAGCUCCAAACGAUAAUCCUCAGCUUCCUGUUUCUCCUCAGAAUCAGGUAUCAUUGACACCAUCAAAUCAGCAACCACAAAGCACUUCUGUGGAGUCAUCAGAGCAGCCAAUCGGGAGACUUCCAGAUGCUUCCUUUCUCUUGAACUCACCUGCUAUGUCAUCCAGUCUGUUGAAUAAUAGUGAUCACUCCUCUCGGGUUGCUGCCGCCAUGGCUGAAAAUGCAUCACGCAAGAGAGACUCAAACGGGUCAGCUUCAGCUCUUCUUCCCCGAAGAAAGGUUCCAAGAGGGACCUUACCUCAUUCCAGGAAUGUUCCAGAUACUGUUCGUGGUGUGCUAGUUCCGCCUCAGCUUAGUGGAAGGAGCAAUGUUGUUACGGAAGAUAUAGGGAAGCUUUUUGUCAGAAAGCAUGCCGAACCCGAACCCUGAUAGUUGACACUGUUGUAGGGAUAAUGCCUCUCUGUAAACAUUUGAAUUUCUUGAAGAUUUUGCAUAUGUAGAAUGUAAUACUACAUAACAUUGUGUUUAUAUCCUAGGUAGACUUAAAGCUUCUGCAGGAUGAACUGCUGCAGAUGAUUUUUAUGACAUCAACUAAUUGUCAUCUUUAAGCCCA